GCGGCGGCGGCGCUCAUGGACGGCGGCGGAGGAGGCAUGGUGGGCCCCGUUGGCGUGGGGGGAGUCGGCAUGGUGGGCCCCGUCGGCGUCGGCGGCGGCGGCGGGGGCGGGGGCAGCGACGUGGAGCUCGUCAGCAAGACGCUGCAGUUCGAGCACAAGCUCUUCUACUUCGAUCUCAAGGAGAACCCAAGGGGCAGGUACCUCAAGAUCUCAGAGAAGACCUCCACCACGCGCUCCACCAUCAUCGUGCCCAUCGCGGGCGUCGCGUGGUUCCUCGACCUAUUCGACUACUACAUCCGCACCGACGAGCGCGACGUCUUCAGCAAGGAGCUACGCCUCGACACCAAGGUGUUCUACUUCGAUAUCGGGGAGAACAAGAGAGGCCGCUACCUCAAGGUUUCGGAGGCAUCUGUCAACAGAAACCGUAGCACGAUAAUUGUUCCGGCUGGUAGCUCGGGCGAAGAAGGUUGGGAAGCAUUUAGGAAUGUACUGUUAGAAAUCAAUGAUGAAGCUUCCCGACUCUAUGUUCUUCCAAAUCAUCCAAGCCAGCAACACUUGGAACCUCCAGAGCGCCUUCCUGGCCUCUCUGACGAUGUUGGUGCUGGAUUUAUAGCUGGACACGGCAGUCAAUCUGCAUCUGUGCCAGAGGUAGAUGUUGAGCGCCUGGUUGAUGUGCCUCCUAUUGAAGAAUUCGCUGGCAUGGGGCUGUCUAAGGUGAUAAGGGCAGAUCAGAAGAGGUUUUUCUUUGAUCUGGGCAGCAAUAACAGGGGGCAUUAUUUGAGGAUUUCCGAGGUGGCUGGAGCUGACCGUUCAUCAAUAAUCUUGCCGCUUUCUGGUUUGAAGCAGUUCCAUGAGAUGGUUGGACACUUUGUAGAUAUAAUGAAGGACAGACUUGAAGGAAUGACGGGCGCGAAUGUGCGCACUGUUGAGCCCAGUCAGAGAUGAUUAGCUCGACCUUGUGGCCCUUACUGCUGUUAUGCCUCCUCUAGGAUUCCUCGGUCAUGUUAUGUGUGGUUGUGUAGAUCACACAGUGUUAAUUCAUCUGAUGGGGAUAAUAAUGUUUGAUCUUUAGAUUUUUUCUUUUCUUUUUAAUUGCGUGGUGUGGAUUGAUUUGUUUGGGACCUUUUCUGUCGAGGAAUAAUAAGCAGUAUAUUGUUCGUGGGGUGGUA